AUAUUCAGCUCCAGCUGGCCGCCAUAUUUGAAAAGAGUUUGGUCAGCGGUUAAAAAUUCGACCCAGUCUUUCUCGUUGGAGUCAAAACAGCAAAUUGCACAUGGCGGACGAAACGUGAAGCAAUAGAGUAAUAUUUCUUGGUUCUGUGUUCUGUGCGGGAAGGUAAAAUGCCGAAAGUUAAAGCCGCUAAGAAAAGUAGAGAGCAUGGCCAAAACCAAGUGUAUCAACAAGCUUUGCAGUUCAAAACAGAACAUGGCCAACAUAUUUUAAAGAAUCCACUCGUCAUAACUAGUCUUGUUGAAAAGGCAGGCUUACGAUCCACAGAUACUGUUCUGGAAAUUGGUCCAGGUACAGGAAACUUGACAGUAAAACUAUUAGAGCGCGUCAAAAAGGUCAUUGCUUGUGAGGUUGACCCUCGUAUGGUUGCAGAGCUUCAAAAGAGAGUGCAAGGAACUCCUCAAGCGAGCAAGCUUCAUGUAAUGGUCGGCGACGUCCUCAAAACGGAUCUGCCAUAUUUUGAUGUGUGUGUAGCAAAUCUCCCUUAUCAGAUUUCAUCUCCAUUUGUUUUCAAGCUGCUACUUCACAGACCAUUUUUCAGGUGUGCAGUACUUAUGUUCCAGAGGGAAUUUGCACAGCGUUUAAUUGCCCAACCUGGAGACAAGUUGUAUUGUCGACUGUCAAUCAACACGCAGUUGCUAGCCAGAGUAGAUCAUCUAAUGAAGGUUGGGAAGAAUAAUUUCCGUCCUCCUCCAAAAGUAGAAUCCAGUGUGGUGAGAAUAGAACCGAAAAAUCCACCACCACCUGUUAAUUUUAAGGAAUGGGAUGGUCUCGUUAGAAUCGCCUUUGUACGAAAAAAUAAGACACUAAAUGCUUGUUUCAGUUCACGUGCCGUUACAGAAAUGUUGGAGAAGAACUACAAGAUCCACUGCUCACUGAACGAUAUUAUGGUGGAUGAAGAAUUUGAUAUUAAAGAGAAAGUCCAGAAACUUUUAGCAGAAAGUGAUUACGACAAAAAACGAGCUCGGACCAUGGAUAUGGAUGAUUUUCUUGGGCUCCUACACCUUUUCAAUUCAAACGGGAUUCAUUUCACGUGAUGUUAUCUGGGGAAUGCUCCAACAUGAACAUGCACAGAAAUUCAAACAGGAAUGCUUUGUAGAACGACCUUUCCCUGUGAAGCUGACCUUAACUGAACGCCAUCACAAUUCCGAUGAUUUGCCAGAUCAGAAAUCUAUGUUCUCAGGAACGACGAUGACCUAUAAAUAGAAAGUUUGCCUUUUGGUGUUUCACUUGCUUUGAACAUCCUGCUGUAAUUGGUGUAAAAUUUAAAAGCCAAUUAAAACCUAGCACCGUGCACGCGAUACAUAGCUCGUGCGAUUCUUGGCUCUCUAAUUGGCUGCAGAGUUUGGAAAACCAUUUGAAAGACAAAGUGAUGGACGUCAAUGUUUAUCCUCCAUUUUAAACGGUUUUAUUGUCGCAACAAAAAUAGCCAUUUACGAUUAUCGCUCAGCAGAUUCGACGAAUUCUUAUGAGGAACUGACUUAAUUCACAUUGGAACAUGGUCCGUACAUUUGAGUUUGUUUCACAGAUUCACGCUGGUUUAACUAGCUGAGCUGGCGAAUUACUGAAUCUGAUUAAAUAAAGAAAGAAAUUUGUUCUGUC